AUGAACAUCUCGCAGAGCAGCAGCAGCGGCAGCAUAGCCAGUCGGAAAAAGCCACCGAAAAUCUCGAUGCCAAAGGCAUCCGAGGCGCCGACGCUGGACCUGGAUGAUAAAUGCACAAUAAAAGUCGACGAAAACUCACCAGAAGUGGAGAUCCGGGCCACAGACCUCGUCAGAUUAGGGGAGCUGGGUCGAGGGGGAUAUGGAUUUGUCGAAAAAAUGCAGCAUCGACCCUCCGGGCUGGUGAUGGCGGUGAAGAGGGUACAAUCCUCCAUCAACGACGAGUCCCAAAAACGGACGAUCAUCGAGCUGCAGACGUGCAUGAAGAGUGAUUGCUGUCCACAGAUGGUCCGCUUCUACGGGGCGAUGUUCCGUGAAGGGGAUGUGUGGAUGUGCAUGGAGGUCAUGGACACUUCUCUCGACAAGUUCUACAAGAAAGUUUUUGCUUCCGGGUCAAGAAUACCAGAGCUGUUUGUUGCGAAAGCGAUUUUAUCGAUCGUCGAAGGCCUCAACUUCAUGAAGGAACAAAUGAACCUCAUCCACCGCGACGUCAAACCCUCCAACAUCCUCCUUAACCGAGCCGGCCAAGUCAAGAUUUGCGAUUUUGGCAUCUCGGGGCACUUGACGAAUUCAGUAGCAAAAACGGUAAACGCCGGUUGCAAGCCGUAUAUGCCGCCGGAGCGGAUAGACGGUGACAACAAGGUCGCGUACGACGUGAGAGCCGAUGUUUGGAGCCUUGGCAUUACGAUAAUCGAAAUCUUCUCCGGCACCCACCCUUACGGUCGCUGGAAGACCCCAUUCGAACAGCUCAAACAAGUCGUCCAAGAGCCAGCCCCAAAACUCCCCAUGGACUUCUCACCCAGCAAGGAGAUGUUCAACUUUGUUGAGAAGUGCCUGAUGAAAGACUUCAACCUGCGGCCAAAGUAUCCUGAACUGCUCGCGCAUCCGUUUAUGGAAAUUGCCAGAAAUGAGAAGGGGUUCAGCAUGUCGGCGUAUAUUCAGCCGUUCCUCGACGACCAAGACGGAGUAGAUGACGCAGCAUCAGCCCUCGCCGGUGUUCAGCUGCAACGA